AUGCAUAUGUGGCAGGCCACCGUUCUAUUCUGCCUAUUGGCUGCGGCUGCCUUGCCCGGCGCCGCUGCCACAGCUUGGGGCUUUACUGAUGCCACCGUGGCCGUUCAACCAAAAGGUGCUGGUGUCAAUGGAGGUUUCAAGGAAAAAUUUGUUUCAUCGAAGCCGCUCUCCAAGCCCGUCUCCCUUGUCGGUACCGAUACCCUACGCGUCAUUUUGACAGCCCAGGAAGACAGCUCCCCAAAGCGGCCAGACCAGGCUUUCCUUCUGCUUAAGGAUGCCCAGACUGGAUUGGAUAUCUCUUACCCUUUUAAUGUCAAGGAUAAUGGCAAGUCAAGGGUAGAAUUGACCCAGAAAGACCUGCCGAUACAAUUCCUUUCCCUCUCCGAUCCUGUUGAUGCGCAUAUUGUUAUUGGUGGCUUCGGAAGCUCUGAUGCCUACGACAGCUCUGUAUUCAAGUUGUCGAUUGAUCGUAACCCCGACGAGCCCGUGCCGACCGUUGAAACUCAGCGAUACGGCAAGAAGCCCGAGAUACACCAUAUCUUCAAGGAGUCUCCAUCUAGUCCUCCAAUUGCCAUUACCCUGGCCUUUGUCGCCAUGGUUUGCGCUACUAUUCCCGCUCUUGCUGUCUUGUGGCUCUUCCUCGGCGCCAACGUCAACCACCUACCCACUGCAUUCAAGUCUGCUCCUCUCUCCCACACCAUCUUCCUCGGAUCUUUAGUUGGAUUUGAGGGGAUCUUCUUCCUCUACUAUACCUCGUGGAACUUGUUCCAGGUCCUCCCCGCGAUGGCUGCUGUCGGCGUGGUCGCAUUUGUUAGUGGAAGCCGUGCGCUGGGUGAAGUGCAGGGCCGGCGUCUUGCUGGUCUCCGGUGA